UAGCAGAACAUCCUGAACAAAACAAAUUUAUAGCCCCGUGAGAAAAUGUAAGCGUUAUUUGAGAGCGAUGGUGACAACGUGGUUGAUAUUUUUUAUGCUACCUAUUCUGGUAUCAUGCGCUGGGGAGGGCAAUAUACACUUAAUGGAAGAAGAUGUUGCUGCAGCAAUAAAAAGUUGCAAUCACAUCCACGAUAAAGAAUAUUCCAAAGACAGCGGCAAACGACAGAGGCGAUUUGACGUAGAUAGUUACAACUACCAGAUACCGCGCAUAGACGCUAAUACAAAGGAAGAUAUAAACCCGUAUGUUCAUACACGACGGAACACUAACACUCUGGCCAAGAUGCACGUUUCAAACGGUUCGGUUUACGAUUAUACGGGAUAUGGAGCUGGAAAUGAAGAAGAGAAGUUUGUUAAUUCUAUUCCACGUCCAGUUAUAAGAAAUAAAUAUAAAAAUAAUGGUAACCAUAGCAACGCACAUAACGAUCGAGUAAAGAGGAAUGAAAUGCUAAUAAAUAAAAACGACAAUGAUCAGUGCCUCAGCCAAUGUGUUUUUGCCAAUUUGGAAAUGGUAGAUUCAAAGGGUAUCCCCCGUGAAGCGGAAAUGUGGAACAAAGUACAAACUUCAGUGACUUCUCAACAGUCACGUGCAAUACUACAGAAUCAAAUUCGAGCUUGUUUUCAAGAAUUACAAUCUGAGUCCGAAGACAAUGGAUGUUCUUAUUCUAACAAAUUAGAACGCUGUCUGAUGCUUCGAUUUGCCGACAGGAAAGUAAAUGCGACCCAAAAUCAGCAAUCGGCAACGAACUCAAGCUUUAACAGGCACGCGUAAAUUUCCUCGCUAUGUUUUCCGUCGACGUCGAUGACGAAAUGAAAUGAAUUAUUGUAGCAGAGUUGUAUCAAACAUUAAACGAACUGUACUUCACUGCAUUGAUUCUAUUGAUAUUUCUAAACUUUGGUGUUCAAGAAACAUUUAGAUACCUAUUGUAAUUAUUAUAAAUGUUUGUAGAAAUCACGGAUUCCACUUGCAGUUAUAAGAAAGAUAUUUAUGUGCAUAAGAAUGUAUUAAUUAUUAGAAUAGAUUAUAUAGAAGCAAAACAGAAUAAAGUCUAUAAUUCGUAGUCUAUAGUAUUAUAUUCUAUCAAUAUGUUCCUUACAAAAAUUCGCCCACGUUGUUUUCAAAAUUUUGUCAUUUAUUUCGAAUUUUAUUUUCUUAAAUACAGAAUAACAGGAUAUCCCGGAUAUGAGAAUGGUUGAGGAAAAUAUAUUACUGGCUCAUCCAAGUUAACAUUUUUCAACUCAUGUGGAUACACCUGUUUAGGUAACGGGUGUUUCUUCCAAAGUGGUAUGGAUUUAGGAGUCUG